AAAACAAUUUCAAAUUCGGAAUCGGACGGUUGUGCUGUGGCGCUGCUGCUCCCCAAAGAAAUUCCGGAACUGAUCGGCAACCGCGCACCAUACAACUCAGUCUAACAUUUUUUUAACUCAGUCAGAAGUCGGAUUUUAGGUGGUUUGGUGAUCGCAAACAAGACAAAAGCAGAGCGUUAAAUUCCUCGUUAAUUAGUUUCAAUUAGGCGAAAAUAAAAGGAGGCCCAAACGAUUACAACAAGAAAUGGAAAGAAGAGGCAGCAACUGUGAGCAGUGAUCGUGUGCUUGUAUUCAUCUCAAUACGUUUAUGUGAGUGUGUCUGUGCUGGAAUGGAAUGCAGUUACGAAAAAAAAUAAAUAAAUAAUUGAGAGCGCGCCCGCGCUCUCCCGCUCUCCCUGGCUCGCGUGCGCGUGUGUUCGUGUGUGUGUGUCUCCAUUAUCGCCGGAGUGAAAGAAACGGAAUGAAAUGUCUUUGCUAAUGUAAACAGCGCAAAGAGAAACCCCCCGAAAAAAGCAGUAGAUAGCAAAAAAAAAAAAAAGAAAAAGCGCGCGUCGGGUGAAUUAAAGUUUUCUCAGACUCCCAAGUACACAGAGAAAAAUUAAAUAUGCCGAACCUGCAGCAAACCCCCUCGCAAUCGCAGCAUCACCUGCAUCCCCACCUCCUGCGUCCCCACCAACAACAACAUACGCAGCAGCAACAGCAACAACAACAGCACCACCAUCAUCAACAACAACAGCAACACCACAGCGAUUUUCCUCUGCCUGAUGGUUGGGAUAUUGCCAAGGAUUUCGAUGGCAAGACCUACUAUAUAGAUCACAUCAAUAAGAAGACCACCUGGUUGGACCCCAGAGAUUGCUACACAAAGCCACAGACCUUCGAAGAUUGUGUGGGCGAUGAGUUGCCCAUGGGCUGGGAGGAAUCGUACGAUCCGAAUAUCGGACCCUACUACAUCAAUCAUCUGGCGCAGAGCACCCAGCUGGAGGAUCCCCGCCAGGAGUGGAAGGGUGUCCAGGAGCGGAUGCUCAGCGACUAUCUGUCGGCGGCGCAGGAUCAGUUGGAGAACAAGCGGGAGAUGUUCGACGUCAAGCAGCAGCGACUCCUUUGGGCCCAGGAGGAGUACAAUCAUCUCAAACUGGCAGCCAGUCGAAGCAGUCUGUGCUCUUCCUCCAGUUCGAUGAGCCGGCACGAUCCGGAACUCCUGAGAGCUGACCUGAUGUUGGCGAGGGAGCGAGUGCACCAGCUGAAACAGGAGCUGACCCACAUUACCAAUGAUAUUUCCUACACGGAACGCGGCAUGAACACGCUGUAUUCGGUGGGCGAGAAGAUCAAUGCCCGGGAAAAUGGAUGCUACGACAUCACCGAGGUGCAGGCGAUUCGCGAGGAGAUGCUCAAGGUGCACAAGUCGCUGGUCUCCGGCGAGAAGGUGCGCGAGGAGCUGAUGCGCAGUCUGGUGCAGAUCAAGAACGAGCUGAGUCGUCAGCAGAUCAGCGAGGAGAACUCCGACCUGGCCUCGCCCUUCGACCGGGUGUGCGUGGCCAGCCAAACGGAUCUGUGCGGAUCGUCGGGGGACAACCUGAAUGGCGGCGCCCGUUUCGCCGAGAUGGCCAAGACCAAGUUGCAGUACGCCGAGUGGCGGAAGCACAUCAAGAAGCUGCAGCAGCAGCUGGCCGAUCAUGUGGAACGCAUUGAGCCGGGCCAACUGGAGUCGGACAAGGAUCGCAUUCUGCUCAUCCAGGAGAAGGAGAAGCUGCUGAACGACCUGAACAGCAUUUCCCUGAAGUCGCGCAGCGAAGAGGAAAAGCGGGUGAUCCAGCAGACGCGCCACAAACUUGAGGAGGACCUCAAGGAGGCCUACGAGGCGAACAACACCUGUGUCGCCAAUCGGUUGCGCUUCCACGAGGAGAAGCAGUUGCUGCUGGACAAACUGCAGGAGGCGCUGAAGUCCACCAAGCUCCUGGAGGAGCGUCUCAAGUCCUUCUCCUCGGAGAGCACCUUCUCCAUAAGCAGCGGCAGCAGCCUGGGUUCCCUUUCAACCGCCAGCAGCAAGAGUGCAUUGAGCUUCACCGACAUCUACAUCGAUCCCUUCGCCGUGGACUCACCCAUCGAUGUGGUGGAUCUGAGGAGAAGAUCACAGCGGUUGUUCCAGCAGCACCAGCAGCAGCGAUUGCAUCCCGUGCAUCCUGUUCUCCAGCAGCAACAGCAACAGCAGCAAUCCACGGAGGUUACGCUCUCGCCUAGAAGCAGCCUCUCCAUGGAAACGCCGCCCGCCUCGCCGAUGAGGUACAAUCCCGGUGGGGAUCAGACGCCGCAGGUCCUCAAGGAGGAGCCCACCUAUGCCAAUGCCCUGCCCGCCCCGCCUGCCUACACAGCUCCGCCUCCAGUCCCGAUUUCGGGGGUGAGGGCACGUCCCUACGAUCUGGACUCCACAGUGCUGGACUGCAUGAUGCUGGAGGCCAAGCUGCAGAAGCUCAACAUGGGCACUCCGCUCAACCUGGCCACUGCGCCGCUGUCGCCCAUUUCGGAGAAGCCCUCGCUGCUGGAUCUGCCGCAGGAGAUGCUCAGCCGAUCCUCCUCCACCUCCAACACACGAUCCGUUUCUGCAGCGGUUAGCAAUGAGUCGGUGGCCGGGGAUUCCGGCGUCUUUGAGGCGUCGCGUGCCCAUCUGCCGCGCAAGGAACUGGCGCAAGUCCAGAUUGGCCUCAAGUAUCUGAAGCAGGAAGGAGUGCUGGUCGUUUCCCUGGAGCGAGCCAACAAUCUGCUGGCUCUUUGGACUGCCUCGGCGGACAAUUCACAGGUGUAUUUGCGUGCUGCGUUGCUGCCGAAUUCGUUGACUUCCAUUAGGACCAAGGCUUCGGGUGAUUUCCAGAAGCCCGUUUUCAAUGACACCUUCGCUGUGCCCAUUACACUUGACAAGCUGCUGACCAAGAGCCUGCAGGUGACUGUGGUUACCAUGACUGGACAGAAGGAGGAGAUUAUUGGCACUGUGCAAAUCAGCAUGGCCGAGUUCAACCCAGAAGAUUCCACACUCAAGUGGUACAACGUGCUCAGCUCCAAGUUCAUUCCGAGCUUUGAGUCCCUGGACAUUCCCUCCACCAGCGCAGCUGCAGCAGCAGCAGCCGCAGCAGCCGCAGUUGCAACCAACAAUGCCACAGCGGGUGGCAACAACCGGGAGGAAUCUUCGGACGAGUCCACCAUUACCUCCUCCCAGACUUCAACACUUACGAGAAACCAAGCGCACUGCAUGGAACUCCAGGAGCAAAUCGCCGCCGAGCUGUUGGAAUUGGGACCGCUCAAUGAGCCGGAGUGCAGCGACGACGAUGAUGAUGAUGAAGAGGAGGAGUUGGAUGACAAGCAGCUCAUCAACGAUGCUGGCCUAUCGAACUCAAGUGGAAUGCUAGACGCCUACCUGCAGAACAUGAAGCAGGAGUUUGCCGACAAGGAGACGAACACUGAUCGCGCCUUCCUGCCGGAGAAAUCUCGCGGGCAAUCGCAGCUGAUGGACGACAGGCCCGUGAAGCGAUCACAGACCUUCACUCCAUCGGCGGCCGUUAGCAAGAAUCGCUAUAAUUGCCGACUCAACCGCAGCGACUCCGAUUCCGCGAUGCACUGCGGCGUGGCGCCACACACCUUCCAACGAGGAGCCGCCGAGCGGAGAUCACUGCGCUUCCACACCAAGGCGCCCAAGUCAGUCACAAAACUGCAUCAUACUCACAUACCGCGCACCAGUCUGGAUUUGGAGCUGGAUCUGCAGGCUCAGCACAGCAAGCUAUACUUCCUUAACGAUCAAAUCGCUAAGCUGCAAAACCUCAAAGAAGUCUUGCAGAAGGCCUGCGAAAACAAGGAUCCCUUGGUGGCCGCCUGGGCCAUCGAAAACGAGGAAUUCCAGCGCCUGGUGGCUCGUGCCGAUCCUGCCAAAUGCCCCGAAGAGCGCCAGCUGCAGAAGCUGCUGAUGAAGACAGCCAAAGAGAUCCACAAACUAAGGAAGACCAAGGUGCCCAAGGGUUGUCCCGAUUUGGUGUCGUUCAAGGAGAAGAUCACCUUCUUCACACGCAAGGGACUUUCGGUGCCCGAGCUGCCCAGUGAAUUCACCUUGCCGGAGGCAAGGUGGCCCAUCGAAGAGGAGGAGGAGGAGGAGGAAGAGGACGAGGAUGAGUUCUACAAUUCGGCUGAGACGGCAAUCGCCAUCAACACGGCGCUGGUGGCCAGCAGCAACAGAAACAAGAAUCUCAGUGAGCACCAUCAUCGAGCGGCCAGCGGGGCUGUACCCAAGGUGCCAGCACCUGUGGCCGCUCCUGCUGCUGCUUCUGCAGCCACUCCUGCUGCAGCUCCUGCUGCCACUCCUGCAGCCACUCCUGCAUCUACUCCUGCUGCCACUCCUGCGGCUACUCCAGCUGCCAAUGCUGAGGCCAAACCAGCGGCAGCAGCUUCAGUUCCAGUUCCAGCAACCGCCGAUGGCGAGCAACAACGCUUCGAUUACGUCGUGGACCGCAACUACGGCGUGGAGGUGUAGCCCCUUCCACAACUACUCCCCAUCUUCGCUGUACAUUUUUGUAAUUAAUGUAGUAUUUAUUUUCACUAAGCAACAAGUAUUUAUGUGUAUAAACAACUGAUGUAACAAAUAUCUGUGCCUUAUAGAGAACGUGAGAGGAACGUGAGACGAGAACCAUGCUAGAAAUGAUAUAUCUACGCAUAGCUAUGCAUUAGAUUUAAGCCCUAUAUUGUAAUUAGAUAAGCCUAACUCCACCCAUAGUCAGUUGUACAAAUUGACCCCCACUGAUGACCAUAUAAGAGCAACUAAGAGAUACAAACCACCAGCCCGCCCCCAAAACAAUUUGCCCAUCCCCCAAAACACACACAAAACAAAAAAAUCACUGAAAAUCAAACAAUAACGCACACAUUGUGCGUUCAAUGCCUUCAACUUCAUAUUGAAACCAACUGUAUUCUUAAGACUUGAGCAAAAUUAUACGAAUGUUUAUGAAUAUUUUUAUACGCAUCUAGGAAUAGUUUUACCACUUUGAUAACCCCGAUAUACACAAAACGUGAAAUAUUUAUUGAUGGAUCGAUCGAUGUAGCGCUCGAAUCCAAUCGGUUAGGUUUAGUUAGCUUGCGUUUUUGUUAAGCUCAAAACGAAUUCUUACAUUGUAAUUUUUUUUAUAAAAAAAUCCUAUGCAAAAAAACAAACCACACAAAAAAAGUGAAUGUACCAUAUUAGAUAAUCGUCACUAUGUUAACUAUAAGAGCGCCCUUAACCCCCCGACAAUGCCAACCAUUGAAAAGCGCAAAAACAAAAAAUGUGAAAAAAAAGAAACUAUGAAAUGAAACCUUGUUAUGCUUCCCCAAGCGAACCUGUUAAAACUGUUGACUUUGAAACUUUGCCGUGGCGCACUGAGUUCGUAUGAAAUAAAAUGAAAUUACCCACAGCUCUAGUUUAGUUUAGGUUUUGCACGUGCGGUUUCCAGGCUCUGUGCAAACUUUGCUGUUGUUUAUGUUUUCACUAACCAGACCCACACGAUCCCAGCCCCUUCCGAACCCAAAAAAAACUAGAGAGUAGUACGCAUAAACUGAACGAGGAGAGUCCCCACGCAUAUUUUUUCUAUACCGUAGUAGUUUUAGUUGUAAUAAAUUAUAUGAAAGUGAACCUGUAUAUUGUAAUUGUGCAAUAAACAAACAAAAAAAUACUGACAUAACUGAA